GCAGCCGGUCAGCUUGUCAAGGUCAUUUCAUUGCUCAAGGGCGUUGUGCAUUAAGGUCCUAACUUUCAACUCUAUUCCCGUCUCUUCCUAGUCCCCUGAUUCAUUUACAGUGAUCUCUAGUGAAUGUCUUUGUCCGACGCCCUCGUAAUAUAUAUGACAGUUUCUUCAUCGGUGUAGAUGAACCGUUGACUUUCCCUUCUUGAAGACGACAUGAGAUGUUUGUGACUACCAGUCCCACACUACGUGGGACGCAUGAAAUAUAUUGUUAGCCGAGUUUUAAGGGAUAUGAAAGAUGCGCCUGAUACUGAAAAUUUUGAGUUCAUCUGGCUGUCAACCUGCUGUAUGGUAUGGUGGAUGUGAUAGCCUUGAUGGUGUAGGUUUCGACAUCUCUGUAGACUCCUAUAAGCUGGAGUUUAAAUUCAGUAAGCCGCAUUAUAUCGUCCAUGUUGUUAAGUAUCCACUAACAACUACUUCAUGUUGACGAUAUUUGCAUUGGUCCCGACGCUUGCUUCGAGAACUAUUUAAUUUAGUGUACGGUAUACGUAGCCCAAUAAUCCUGUUCACUAAUGACUUGCUUCUGACACAAUGCAGAUCGUCAAUUACUCAAAGAUUUAUGUGAUGUGAUCAUUGGGUAUCAUAAGUAGAUUUGUCAAUAUAUUUUCUUUUUAGCCUGAAGCUUGAGUUUCCCUCCAGCUUAAUAUUCCUACAUGAAAAAUACUUAGCCGUUUAUGUUGAAAUUUCUAGUGAUGUUAGCAUGGGUGAUUAUAAACUUGGGUGUUGCUAAACUUGCAUUCCACAUUUUGCUUCGUGUUUUACCCUUCACAUUCCGCAAGCGUAAAUAAAUUUUCACAGUAAAUUUAUGGAGAGUCCAUCGCUUCUUGUAUCAGCUCUCUAGAUAUAGUAGAAUAACGAUUUCGAUCCGUUUUAUCCUCUCUGUGUUUCCAGCGAAUCAGCUUCUCCAGUGCUAUGGAAGACCCGAUAAGUUGUUGGCUGGAUGGUGUUCCGUUUUAAAAAUCCCACAUCCUACUCCAGAAAGCGAAUUUCGCCAAAUCAUCUAUAGGGAUCUCUGAGAUGGCCCUAUUGAAAUAGUUGUCAAUUCAUGUUAUGAGGAUCGAAUUCUCCCCAAUGUCUUUUCAACAGACUUAGUUAUCGUGUUAGACCAGUUCACUGGGAUCCCUGAUUGCCGAUAUAUCAGAACCUUAUUCAUGCAGGCGAUAAAAAACAUUUAGACUAGUUUGGGAUUUAAACCAAACAAUCAAUGCUAAAGAUAACUUGGGACGACACAAGUAGGUGACAAUUUUAUCCAACUGUUAUAUGCGUUGUACUCAAUGUAUAAGUUAACUCAAUGGAUAUUAGCAGAGACGUUAAUGAUUGAGAUGAAUAAUAUAAUUUCGCAUAAAUAUAGACAUUUAUUUCCUAGAUUUAUUUGUCACUAUUAUUCUGUGGUUGCUAAAUCGAUAAAUGCAGGUAUGAGGGUUAGUAUAACCAUUUUACUGGAGCUUAAAGAGUGUUUUCAAAGCGCUUUACUUAUUGAUUUGGGCUUUUACAGGUCUUUGAUGGUUUCAAAUGUAUGAGGGUGGUUAUCACUUCCUGGUGUCCACAUGUUCGAAGAUUUCUUAUAGAUUGACUUAUAAAUGAUGUAACGUACGAUUUGGUCGUUAUUUCUUUAGUGCGUUACCACAUAUCUCGUUGGAUUAGUGUUUGACCUCCGUCACGUGUUAUGUUUUCGUGGGCAGUUUUUGCAUAUUUUCUUGUUUGCUUGUGCUUUUUGGUGUCAUUGUUCUGUCGUUUCAGUUUCUUAGCUCAUUUUCCUAAUACUUUUCAAAUUUUAUAAGCCUGCUUUUCGUCUCAUUUCACCUCGGCGUUCAAUUUAAUGGUUUUUGAUGCCAGAAUAGAGGACGACAAAGUCGAGUCUGAUGUUCCGGGCAUUAUAUAUCUCUCAACUAUACCAAAUGGGAUGAACGUUAGCAUGAUUUCGGAUAUUAUGCAACAGUUUGGUAAAAUUGGCAGAGUUUAUUUGGUACCAACAAAGAAAAAAGUAGGAAAAUACCGUCAAUAUGAAGAAGGUUGGGUUGAGUUUCUGAACAACAAAAUAGCUAGGCGUGUUGCCAAGCGGCUUAAUUGUACAGAAGUUCUUGGACCAAAGCGUAAUCCGUGGUUUGGUGAACUGUGGAACAUUAGAUUUUUGAAAGAUACUUCAUGGAACGACCUUUUUGGCGCUGAACGCGAAGAAGAAGAACAAAGACGUACAGCUCAUGAUCGUGAUAUAGUGGUCGCGAAGCAUCAAGCUCGCCAAUUUUCUGCAGCUCUGGAUGCAAAGAAACUAGAGAAAAAGAUGAAGCAAGUUAAAGGGAAAAGAUUUACUGAAAGAAAACUAGUCCGAUUGAAUCGACGUCAAAAGCUUACAGAAGAUGAAAUCAAAGAAAAACUUGCUCAUUCUAGUCGUACACCGCCUGAAGGAUGUCUUGGCUUCUCAGCCGUUUCGAAUCCUGAAUUUAUGGGCAGUCUUUUUGCCGGUGGUCUGUAAUUUUUUUUACUGAAUUAUUGUAUAUGAGAUGUUUAUAUAGUUUAAAUAAUUUUUUUCUGACGAAAACGAUCUUUUGUAUUCACUGAAAUAAUCAAACUUAUUAAUUUAAUAAACCAAACAAUAAUUAUCCGUGUUUGCAUUAAUCAUCAUGGUCUUCAAUAAAUUCACAUAUGUUAUUAUUAUUAUUAUCAGCUUUAUUCAAUAUCAUAUUUUUGGUACAAUAUAGAAUUCUCAGCGCAAAGUAUUUCAACAUGUUUCCGUUUCUUUCUUCUUGGUCGGUCCUGGCGAUAAAUAGUGAGUGAUCGCCAGUUAGAUGUUAGCAGUUCGGUAAAUGAACAUCUGAGUAAUGUGCAUUCUUUUCGUUGUAUAUUGCCAGUAACCACAUUGUCUCUUAUUGAGUUUUUUGUAACAUUGACAACGGAAGGUUGUACACUUUUCAGAAACGCAGUAGAAUAGGCUAUGCGAUUAAUAAACAUAAUGAUAUAUUAAAACAAACAAAAAUAGACAACUUGUUGAAGUAUCUAGAUGGCAGGAACAGGUAGCCCAGAUGCUCAAGCAGGCCGCCCUUAUUAGCUAUUAAUGAAUCGUUUGUUUUUUGCUUAGUAUUUUUAGUAGAGUGUAAGAUGCGUCAGUUUUCAGACACAAAUGUAUAAACGAGUUGAUAUUCACUGAAAAUGGUAUACCACAAAUCACUGGUUUCAUACUAUUUGAUAUAGCGUAUAGUUGACUGUAGCUGAUCAGAUACGUGUAUUUUAAAAGAUUUAAAUUGAAAAUAUGGAUGGUGGCUAGCAGCUGAAUCCAGAACGCGCGUUCCGUCCUAUUCGGGACUCGUCAGCUAGAUGUACCUGCAUCCCAGAGUGGACAUCAUUUCCAUACAUACUUAUUUGUACAUUAUUUAACUCUCUUUUGAAACAUCACAAUUACAACACAUGUAUGCUCGCUAUUUUCUAUUCAAUGACUUUUAAUUAAGGACCUGUUUUCUUCGUUAUUCAUAACUUGUGUAGCUGUUGAAUACAGAUUUUGCGCAUAUGUUCAUUCAAAUUAACCCCCAAAGUUUCACAAUUAGAUGUUAUCUUUGUUUAUAUCACCUGAAGGUCGUAACGGCGGAUCUUUUUAUAUAUUUAUGUUUAAUCUGUCAAUAGUUUCCUUACGCCUGUUACCUAUCGUGGAGAAGCAUAGGCCAACCAACGGCACUCUCCAUCGAACCCUGUCUUGGGCAAUCCUUUUCAUGUUUGCUUUUAAUUCCCGAAACAGUGUGUUCUUCAACCUUCCUCAUUUCCGUUUCCCCUCAGGAUUCCAAGCUAGGGUUUGCAUCAUGAUGCAGUCUGGUGAUUUCCACAAUGUAUGUCCUAUCCACUUCCAACAACCUUUCUUAAUUUCCUCUUCAUCUGGAGUCUGGUUCGUCCUCUCUCACAGAAGGCUGUUGCCGAUGGUAUCCGGUCAACCGAUAUUGAAUAUCUUGGGUAGACAGUUGUUUGUGAAUAUCUGUACUUCUUUGAUGAUGGUUGUAGUGGCUCUCCAAGUUUCAGCUCUGUACUGUAGGAUUGUCUUGACGUUCGUAUUGAAGAUUGUGACUUUAAUAUUGGUUGACAGUUGUUUUGAGUUCCACCUGUUCUUCAACUGUAGGGAUGCGGCCCUUGCUUUGCCAGUCCUUGCCUUUUGGGUCUGCAUCGGAUCCUCAUGUUUAUUGAUGAUGCUUCUCAGAGCUCUUCCAUCAAGUGUGACUGGGUUGGUGUUCUCCGCCUUGUAUUUGAGAAACUUGCUUUUUUCAUUGUGUAUAUUGAGGCCUACAGAUGCAGAGAUUGCUACUACACUAGCUUCCUCCAUCUGCAUUUCUUCGUAUGGAUGGGAUAGAAGGGAGAAGUUGUAGAAUUAUGGUCUACUAUGAUAUUAGUACUGCUCUUAUAAUAGACCUAAUCCUAAAUUUGUAGAUUUGUCAUGAUAUAACUGCCUAAUCUAUAAGAUCUUACGUGGAAGUCACACCAUCGACUACACCAACUCACUGUAUCGUAUCAAUUACCAAUACAUGAUGUAGAACAAGGUUAGGCUAGAGAAAGAACAAUAUAUUUAAUAUGAAUAGAAGAUAUAAAGUAACACUGAGAUGGACCACGCCUGCAUGGACGAGCCAUGCCAUCCGAUCAAACCCAGUCCAUUCAAUUCCUUGUUCGCGCCUUCUCCAUUGUUAGGUAUUUCCCCGAGUUAAAUAUUGAAUAUCUAUUUUCUGAGUAGUCUCGUGUUCACAGCUUUGUGGAUUGUGUGGCUAUUGUCCAAUGCCACUACACUACUCUCCCACCAGAAUCAACGUGAUGUUGGUUCGAUACCAAAUUGGAUGGGAUCGUCGCGCGUCGGAGGUUACCAAGGAUAAUAAGGAUCCUCCGGGUAUUGGUAAGCUGAAAGAUAAAUCAAAAAGACGGCAGCAUCUGGUCGGGAAAUACAUGUAAUAAUUCUAAAAUAUCUGCUUUCAUGAUUAACACGCUUAAAAUGAAAAUUUGUGUGAAGAUUAUUUGAACUAUAAAAAAUGGGAUUACAAUAAUAAUAAUAAAACGAUGCGUGUUAAUAACUUAACUUAUAGGCAGUAAUUAUUUUGUGUUUAGAAAUAUUAAAAUAAUGAAUAUUGUAGAAAUGUUAAUAUUGGUAUUAGUUUUGGUUUAAAUUAUGAAAUCAGAUAACGAUUAUGCCGGUACGUUGUCCAUAAGAGUUGAAUUCCAAUUGCAUCUGUAUUAGUAGGCUAACUGAAGGAACAAAAGUAUACCGUGGAGAAGAAUUCCAACUAGUGUUCCAGUUAGUUUGAUACGGUUUAUUUAGUUACGGGAGAUUUUCUCAACCUCAUUUUUACUUGACCGUGAUAGAAUUUAGUAAUAAUACUAAUACACAUGAAUGUUUAUCAAAACAAAAUUUAAAUACGUGAGUGAUGAUUAUAUGAAUUUUGGACAGAUAGCUAGGAACAAAUCGUUAAACAUAAGUGUAUUCGUAAGAGACAUGCUAUAGACUCAAUGUUCUGAUCUGUGGCAGACUAUUUAUUUAUAUUUAUACUUGUCGGCUGAUUGGGUAUACAAGUUAGUUGCAAG